AUGUCAAACACAGUAAACAGUUCUUUUACUUACAAAGUUUAUAAGUGAAAGUUGUGUUUUUUUCUUUCUAAGUUGAAAAGUGCUUUACACGUUUCGUGUCGAUUAUUAAGGCUUAAAACAUGCGUUACGUGGCUGCAUAUAUGUUAGCUGUUCUUGGCGGUUUGGAGAAUCCAAAAAAUGCCGACAUCGAGAAAAUUUUAAGUUCGGUGGGUAUUGAAGCUGAUAGCAAACGGUUGUCGGCAGUGGUGGCUGAAUUAAAUGGCAAAAACAUUGAGGAAUUAAUAAAAAGUGGACGUGAGAAGCUCUCAUCAAUGCCGGUAGGUGGUGGCGUAGCAGCAGUUGCCGCAGCUCCAGCGGCUGGUGGCGAUAGUGCAGCCGGCGCUAAAAAGGAGGAACCGAAGAAGGAAGAAAAAGAAGAGUCUGAAUCAGAUGAAGAUAUGGGCUUCGCUUUAUUCGAUUAAGAGAUGACAGCGAGAGUGAAAUUCAACAAUUAACGUAGAGAAAACUUGUUAAGGUAAUUGGUAAAAUGAAAACAAAAAUAAUUGCAGACAUAAUUUAAAUCAGGCAGCAAAUAGUUUUUUUUUUUUGGAUAGAUAUCUAUCUGCCAAUUCUCUAAACUGUAUUUGUUAUUUAGAUGUUGUAUAGAGAAUUUAAAUUUGAACUUUUUUCGCUGCUUGCUUCCAAAUUUGUAUGUAUUGAGUCAACUAGUUCAUGAUGAUUAAACUUUACACCAUCUUUCGACUGUUGUAUUAUUGAUGAAUUAUAAGUUUUACUCUGACUAUUUAAAUAAAAUCCAAUCGCUUUUUUCGCUUAUCA